AUGACGUGCGAAAUCAAAUCGGAGGUAUCCCUGGACUUAGAUGAGUGUCUAGAAAGAUUAUAUAAAGGGCAGCUUCUCUCGGAAACAAUCAUAGAACAGCUCUGUUUCAAACUAAAAGAACUCCUGAUUCAAGAUUCAAACUUGAUACAUUUGGCAUCUCCAAUCACCUUGGUGGGAGACAUACAUGGGCAAUUUUUCGAUCUAUUAGAAAUAUUUAAGAUAGGAGGUUACCCUCCAGAUACAAACUACCUAUUCCUCGGUGACUAUGUGGACCGUGGGUAUCAUUCCAUAGAGACGAUAUCUCUUCUAAUAGUGCUAAAGCUUAAAUAUCCAAGUCGCGUGACUCUGAUUAGAGGAAACCACGAGUCCAGGCAGAUCACAACAAACUAUGGGUUCUACACAGAGUGUGCAACAAAGUACGGCCAGCAAUCCAAGGUGUGGAAGCUGUUCACAGACCUGUUCGACUUCUUCCCGCUUGCCGCGUCGAUAGACGGGUCGCUCUUCUGUGUGCACGGAGGUCUUUCUCCGAACGUCCAGUCGAUCGACUCCAUCUUGGUCAUAGACAGAUUCAAAGAGAUACCGCACGACGGGCCCAUGGCAGACCUCGUGUGGAGUGACCCGGAUAUCGAGCUUCUCAAUUUUCGUAUUUCUUCCAGGGGUGCCGGGUAUCAGUUUGGAAUUAAUGUCGUUAACAAGUUUUUGCACCUUAACGGGUUCGAACGCAUCUACAGGGCACACCAGCUUUGCAAUGAAGGAUACCAGGUAUUCUGGCGAGGGAAAGUCAACACCGUUUGGUCGGCACCCAACUAUUGCUACCGGUGUGGAAAUAAAGCCUCGAUAUUGGAAAUCACGGAAAAUCUAGACGCCAACCCCAAAGGCUUCAAGUUUAACGUGUUCGAUGCGUCUCCAGACAGCGAAAAGGAGUUCACGCAAAUCGAAAAUGGCCUGGGAAGCAUCGACUACGACGAACUGAGCGGGGAUUACGACGAUGAUGAUAACUUUGGAUGGCAGAAUGUUGCAACGGGUGCUCCGAUGAAUCGGAUCAUGAAAAAAGCUCCGUAUGUUGAAUAUUUCAUGUGA